CACCCAAACAUCUCCCGCCGGCCACCGCCCAAACAUGGAUUUCUCCGACGUUCCACCGCUGUACCCUUUUCCCAGCCCCCAAAUGUCGGAAGAGGAUUUCAAGGUGUUUCACGGCAUUGACCGAAAGCUCUUCUCGCGGCUCGUGAUCGGACUGGGUCGUGACCCGGCCGAGUCCAUGCAACUCAUGGGCUUCUUGCUGUGGCUCGAGGAACACGCCCGAUGGAACGGCGGCGGCGGUGGCGGAGGGGCCUGCAAUUUGGUCGACGAGGUGUUGGGUAUGUCGCCGGAGAUGGUGAACGCCGCCGCGGAUGAGGCGGUGAUGUGUUUGAAGUGCAUAGAGGAGGACCACUUCCCGCUCUUCGCCGCCCCCAACUUUGCCCGACGACUGAACUGCCUCGCCAGCCCCCUGUACCUCCUCCUCAACCGGGCCCACGUCCUCCGCGGGGUGAACAAGUACGUCAGCGACGUCUGUUUCAGGGCUUUCGAUGACAUCUUGCUCCUCCACUUUUCGUCUCAAACAAGCAAUGUUGAUCUCAUCAGUCAUUCUGAGCAGACGAGGUCAACUUGCAUGUUUGACCGUAACACAGAAAUGGUGGCAAAGAAGGAAGUCGAGAAGAAGGGUAAUGGAGUGGUUCAUCCAGAUGAAAGGACCAUCUUCUUGACCUUCUCUAAGGGCUACCCUAUUUCUCAAGAAGAAGUCGCUGACUUUUUCUCAAAGAAAUUUGGAGAUAGCAUAGAGUCUAUACAAAUGCAAGAGGUACCAGCAGGGGAACAAGUACUGUACGCGAAGUUGGUGGCGCGUUCCCUUCCGGCGCUGGAAGCCAUCGUGGUCGGCGGCAAAGCCAAGUACAACAUCAACGGGAAGCACGUUUGGGCGCGCAAAUACGUUAAAAAGCAGAGUUCCAAUAAUAAUAAGAACUCAUCAUCACCGCCGCCACCGUUGCCUUGACUCUAAACGUCGCUGCCGUUGACGGCCGCAGCUACUUCUUCCUCGUAUUUGUGAAGGUUCCCAUUUUCAUUUCAUGCACGAUAUAUUUAUUUACGCAGAUUUAAUCUGUAAUAUGUGUAUACUAGCCACUAUUCCCCGGCCUAAUUAUAUGUAUACAAUUAAGAAAUAAAUACAGCAUUA